AUGAUGAUCAAAUCACGGGUGAAGAACUGGGGCUCCGAGUGGGCUCAACAGUUCAAGGAGGACCUUCAGGUACAGAAAUCCAGCCAUGAAGUGAUCGAGGGCAGAAUCUGGUCGAACCAGGACCUCGAUCCCACUCCCCCCGAGAAGCGCAACUGGACAUGGAUGAACUACGGACUGUACUUCAUCGGAUGCGGUUUUAACAGCUGGACCGGAGGAAGCAGCGUCAUUGGCGUGGGAUUGGGAUGGAAAACCGCCAUUGCCAUCAUGUUCGUCACCCAGGCAAUCUCCGGGCUCUGCUGUGUCUUGAUCGGUAAGCCAGCUGCACGGUAUCACAUUGGCUUUCCUGCCAUGUCGCGAACGGUCUAUGGCAUGUACGGGAGCUACUAUCAGGUCAUUGUUCGAGCCAUCCUCGCCGCUGUGUGGUAUGCCACGCAGAUGUAUGCUGGUGCCAGCUACCUCGAGAUCUGCUUCAAGGCGAUUUUCGGGCAUCACUUUACAGACAUUCCCAACCAAGUACCAGCCAGCGUCGGAUAUACCACGCAACAAUUCCUCACCUACUUCGUCCUGUGGGCCCUUUAUAUCCCGUUUAUCUUUCGACGUCCACACCAACUCCGCUGGUUCUUCAGCGGCAACUCCCUUGUUGCCUUCCCGGCAGUCACGGCCUUGUUCAUCUACUGCAUGGUUUAG